CUCCACUUGUCGCUUCGCCAUUGCACUGUUCUUUCUCUCACGCUCCUUUCUGUUACUUCCCCACCUUCACUUUCACUCGCUGUCACUAUAUUCACACCUAUCUGUUAUAAACAAUGAGACCACCUUUCCCUUCCUCAGCACAGGCGUAUGCCGAAUCCAUUGACUCGGAGACAGCAAGUCGACACCAUCCAGAUGCUCGCCUCACUAUUCUUCCUCUUCCUUCUCUCGCUGCACUCUAUCCACUUGAUGAUAACCAUCUUCCAUCUUCAUCUCUUUCGCACAACGAUUCCUCUUCAUCACAUCGGAACGACGUUAUUGCUGAUUCUUCGCAUCGGAACCUUCAAGUGCGCCUGCUCCACAGGAACCCGCAACAGAAUAACACUCAUCGUUCAUAUCAUUCACAGCCUCCUUAUCAAUCUUUUGACGCACGCUUUCAGAAGUAUCCUACUUCUACUCAACCCUUUUCCUCGGCUGGUAAAGCCUCGCAACUGGCUCCUCCGAUGAAUGAUGAUGGAAAG